AUGUUGUCUCAAGAGCCUUUCACCAAGCUGGUCAAGAACUCCGCGUACUAUAGUCGCUACCAGACUAAGUACAAGCGCCGUCGUUCCGGAAAGACCGAUUACUACGCCAGAAAGCGUCUUAUCACCCAAGCCAAGAACAAGUACAAUGCGCCAAAAUACCGUCUCGUUGUCCGAUUCACCAACCGUGAUAUCGUCAUGCAAAUCGUCACCUCCGAAAUCACUGGUGACAAGGUUUUCUGCGCCGCAUACUCCCACGAGCUCAAGGCCUACGGUAUUGAGCAUGGUCUUACCAACUGGGCCGCCGCAUACUGCACUGGUCUUCUCAUCGCCCGUCGUGUCUUGAAGAAGCUCGGUAUGGAUAAGGACUUCACCGGUGUUGAGGAGGCUGAUGGAGAGUACCAACUCACCGAGGCUGCUGGCGAUGAGGAAAGACGUCCAUUCAAGGCUUUCCUUGAUGUUGGUCUUCACCGCACUUCUACUGGUGCCCGUAUCUUCGGUGCCAUGAAGGGUGCUUCCGAUGGUGGUAUCCUUGUUCCUCACUCCGAGAACCGUUUCCCAGGUUACGACAUGGAGAGCAAGGAGCUCGAUGCCGAGACUCUCCGCAAAUACAUCUUCGGUGGACACGUCGCUGAGUACAUGGAGACCCUCGCCGAUGACGAUGAGGAGCGUUACAAGUCCCAAUUCCAAGGUUACAUUGAUGAUGAAAUAGAGGCCGAUGGAUUGGAGGAGUUGUACCAAGAGGCCCACAAGGCUAUCCGUGAGGACCCAUUCAAGAAGGCUGAGGGAGGAGAGAAGAAAUCCAAGGACGAGUACAAACAGGAGUCUUUGAAGUUCAAGGGACGCAAGUUGUCCAAGGACGAGAAGCGCGAGAGAGUCAAGGCCAAGAUUGCCGAAUUGAAGCUGGGUACCGAACUUAAAUCCACUUGCACCAACCCCGACGAGGACCCCCAAGUUCCAACACAUGACGAUAUUCUCCACCGCUCCACUUCAUUGCUUCAUUGUGAGAAAUUUUCCGACAAUUCGCAAACCGGAGAACAUACCUUGAAGGUUUAUUUACAUGAUGGAGCAAAUGACUGGCGUGGAUACCCAAAACGACCUCGUAUGGUUCCGAAUGCGUCUGGUUCACAAGGAAAAUCAAGUCCGCCCCCACAGAAUGGCUCUACCCCUCCAAAGAAUGAAAACGAGCCCGAAGUUGUAACGACUCCACAGCCGAUUCCAAAUCGACCUGGCGUAUCUAGAAAUACCUCCUCGGAAAGGAUCGUGGCGACAAAUGGCACACCACCGAAAGCAUCUACAUCACCCAACAUGUCCCGCAGAAACUCGUGGUUAUCGAGCAUAUCCUCAAAGUUCUCGGGCUCACCCUCUUCCAGCCAUACGAGCAUAUCUCCCAGUACUUCACCGGCAGCUUCUCCUAUAGAACCUCCGGUACAAAGACCUGCAGGACCAAGUGCGCCCAAAAAUGCGGUGCUAGUACAUGGGGUCAAGGAUGAUGGCGAUGCACCUUACGUUCCAGCGCCUCCGCGGAGUGGACCCAGCUUCUUACAGAGUGCCUUGCGGAGGCUGUCAUCUUCGGGUGGGCAAUUGUCUGGAUCAGCCAAAGGCCACAAUGGAUUGUGCGAAAGAAAGGUUCUGAACGUCGAUCAUCACCGGGAAAGAUGCCCCAUAUCUGGGCUUGAACAGGCAAAACUAAGAAGGGUAGCUUUCUGUGUAGAUGUUGAGAUAGCCAGCGGUCCCCGUUAUAUGGACGAGGAAGAGUCCGAUGAAAUCGAUAAUAAAAAUAAAGAAAAGAUGAAGCGAUCUAAAGAAAAGGGAGAAGGCGCUGCGUUGAAGAAUCCGAACAAUUCUAUGUCCGAGAUGGAACAAGACGAUACUCCGAAAACAAAUGUUAGCAAACCUGAUGAAAAGCUCACCGAAAGUGCUCAGCCAAUGGCCUCAGAAGAUACACCAGAGGCUGCAGGAUCCUCUCCACCGAUUGAAAAAGACAAUACCAAAAAGAAAGAGAAGAAAAAGCGUAGCGAAGAAGAGCGUAAAGCAAGAAAAGAGAAGAAACGAAGGCUUGCUGAGGCAAAUGGUACAAUCCCAGUUGAGUUGAAGAUUGAUGAGAGUGACAGUUCAGUCUCACCCACUUCCAAUACCGCCACUCCAAAAACCCACGCUUCGCCUACCACAGACCCUGUUCGAAUCUAUAGAAGAUGCUGUCAAUUAAGAGAAACGCCAAUACUGAAGAGAAUUGUUGAGCAGCUCACAGCCUCAGUAGCGACGGCUGCAAUGCCUGGUCUUGUUGCCAAAUUGGAUCUCUCGGGUUAUUGGUUACAAUUACCAGACCUUGUCACCUUGGGAGACUACUUAGCUGUGGUUCCCGUGAAAGAAUUGAUAAUGGAAAAUUGUGGACUCACCGAUGAAGGUGUUCGUGUCAUCUUGGCUGGUCUUUUGGCCGCCAAGUUACCAACAUACGGUAGAAAAUCUCACACUCGUAAAGAGGGCCAAUAUCCUCAGGGUGGUAUAAUCGAAUCGCUAGUAUUUAAGAACAAUAACAAGAUUGGUAAAGAUGGUUGGCGGCAUAUCGCUCUGUUUAUUAAUAUGUGCCGGUCAUUGAAGGUUCUGGAUUUGUCAAGGAUUCCUUUCCCCCAGGAUACUACUACACCAACGACCGGUUCUGGGCAUCUAAAGAAAACGGAUAGUAACACGAGUCACACGAGCAACGAAGUCUCUUGCUUAUUAUCCAAGGCUAUUGGAGAUCGACUCGCUGGUCCAGAAUUCGAACUCUUGAACCUGGGCCAUUGUGGCAUCAACAGCGAGCAAUUAGAUGGGUUAGUUGAUGGAAUUAUAAAAUCGGGCUUACGAAGACUUGGUCUUGCAGGUAACGGAAUUACAUCAGUAGGGAUGGAACAUGUUGCUAGAUGGAUAAAAUUUGGCAAGUGUGAAGCUCUUGAUCUUGUUGGUAAUGAUCUCAAAGAUUCUAUGGAGAUCGUUGCGAAUGCCCUUGACGAAGACAACAAAAUUUACGCCUUGAGCUUGGCAGACUGUAACCUCAAUCCGGAUUCGCUGUGGCCUCUUUUCCCAGCCCUGGCAAAGUUGAAGAACUUCAAGUUCAUCGAUUUAUCGCAAAACCAUGAUCUGUUCGAGUCGAAUCCCAGUGCACUUUCUCUUCUGCGCAGAUACUUACCACGUUUGCCUCAACUCAAGCGGAUACAUUUGACUAAUGUAUCCAUGACUCCUGAACAAGCCAUCGCCCUUGCGGAAAUCCUACCGGAGAGCCCCAGUCUUGCGCAUGUGACUCUUAUGGAAAAUACGCAACUAGCUGCUCUUGCAAAUGCGAAAGACGAAGCAAGUCAGGAAGAGGCUUGUGCAUUAUAUGCCUCGUUGAUGGCCGCGGUCCGAGUCUCUCAGUCAAUUGUAUGUAUAGAUAUUGAAGUUCCGUCAAAUGAUUCGUCCGAAAUUGUUAGGGCCUUGGCCAAGCAAGUUGUUGCUUACUGUCUGUGGAAUAUGGAACGCGGUCCAGUUGCAGAAAUCAGUGAAGCUGUUGCUGCAAUCUCUGAUCCCCAUGCAGCUGCCAACGGAAAAGAUGUUGCAGUACCCGAAGUAUUGUUACACAUUGUGGGGCACAUGGAAGGAGUCCAAGAAAAUCAUGAUGACGAUGAGCCAGCUCCUGAUGAAGAUUAUGUGAUUGGCGGGACAGGUGUGGUUAAAGCUUUAGGUAUCUGUUUACGAAACAAAGGCAAUGAUUCUAGGAGGCCAUCAAUGGAUCAAGCUAUCUCCGAAUUAUCUAGACCAAGCAGCAGCUCGGCCACCCCGAACAAACCUGUGAAAGGUGGCAAAGCCAAGGAUAUGUCGAAGAAUCUAUUGGGAAGUGCCAGGAAGAUUCGGGCUAGAUUACAACCUGCUCUAGUCAAGGAGUCAAAGGCCAGUGAUCAUCACAAUUACAAUCGAUUACUAUUCCUUGAUCAUACAUUGCAAAAUAUGAUCAAAAGAUUUGAAGACGAAUUUCCUGAGACCCGCUUGUCACCAUCAUUACCCGACACGGAGCGAACAACCACGACGGAUAACGCAUAUUCACUCCAAACUGAUUACGAAGGAUCAGACGUUGAGCCCGAACCAAUCUUGGCUGAUAAUCAACCAUCAGAUGAAGAGGGAGGGCACGACGAGGGUGGAAUUCGCCCCACUCUAUCUCGUCACAACUCCGAUGUCUCAUUGGCCUCCAGAGCACUUUCACAGGAAGAAGGCAGGAUGCAUCGUUUUGGGCAGAAAAUUCGUCGUAAUCUUAUCAAACCAGAGAGCGAGGACAAAUUACAUGGAACUACGGGACACGAAAUUCAGCCAGCACAUCUACAAUUUUUAAGGUCUAUGGUUGAGGACCUCCAAGGCGAAGAUAUCAGAAACAAAAUAGAGACCCUAGGCCCAGAUGCGGUGAUAGCCGAGCUGAACAACGAAGCUAGCAUUCUUCGACAGAGACUCAUUGAGAAUGAUCCUGAAGGUUGGCAGAAAUUCAAAGAAAGCCAAGAAGCCAUGCAAAGAAAUUCAAAUGUAGCAAAUAUGGGCUCAAAUGGGAUAGUAUCUGAGAGUGCUAUCGAGUAA